AUGCUUGACAACAUUCCAUACACCAGGUUUUUAGUGUUCACCUCCUAUGCGGCGGCAUUCAGCCUCUACCCCACUGUAAACCCGGACAGUCUUGCCAAAUCCUUCGGCAUCAGCGUCGGUUGCUUGGAUGCCCUCAACGAAACGGUCGCAUGUGAUCAGACAUUGUUCCAAAUGUCAAACACAGUUGACAGCUAUCUUUGGACCACGGAGAAUGUCACAGGUCUUUGCACUGCAGAUUGCAUCCAGUCAUCCCAAAAAUGGUGGUUGGAUGUGCAAGAUAGAUGCGAUAUGGAUACCAUUACAGCGUAUGGCAAAUUGAUACCAGCGGAGUCUAUCGCGGGAAGAUUCUUCGACGGCUUAAACAUUGCAUGUCUAAGAUCUGGAACCAUUCCCACUGCCCCAGGAGUCGCUGGUAAUGGUAGCUCGAACUCCACCGGCUCAGCUCCCUACUCAAACUCUAGCGCAAGUUUCACCGGCUCAGGUCCGUACUUGAAUUCGAGCUCAAAGUCCAAUCCAAACUCUAGCGCAUUAUCCUGGUGCCUCAUUGAGUCCCAGGGCUGGGUUGGCUCCGACAUCAUUCGUCCCGACUGUUCUACCGACCCCACAGACCCGUCGUGCUCAGAUCCCACUGAUGUGGCCCCACAGAACGAACGUAUUGCAAAUUUGUAUGGCAAUGAUAUGCUUUGCAGUGAUUGCUUCUUAAGGAUGUUCUACCAAAGGAUGUCGUCGCCGUAUCUGCCUGACUCCGACUACUCGGACUAUCUCGUGGCACAAUAUCAAGACAUUCUCGAUGUUUGUAGGAUUUCCAUGCCUGAGCUUAUGGUUCGCGCUCUUCCCUACUACGAGGACGCCCCGGGACUUUACGACGGUGUGCCCUUAUCCUCCGACAACUCUCUCAUGCCUCCAUUCACGUCAAAUGGCAGCCAAUUUUCGAAUGGUACAAACAUCCCAGCCAAUGGGACAUGGUGCAAUGCGCUGUCGGCCAAGUACAGUGUGGCCACUGGCGAUCUUCAAGCUGCCAUAGGAGAUCCAGGCUGCGUCUUCUUAGUUUCGUCAUACUGCGUGCCUGCAGCAUGUACACUCAUGAAAGUCCCUUUUGGUGCGAGUUGUUUUAGCGAUUCGAUUGCCAGCUCACUCUCGACAGCCGGGCUCAACACCAGCCCCGUUAGUACUGUACAGUUCAGAAACUGGAAUCCAAACAUCAACGGCCUCUGUGACAACCUCAAUACAGGCGACUACGUUUGCACCAGCGCGCCUGGCGGUUCUUACGUUCCACCUCCCGUCUCAAACACAAACUCAAACGCUAGCGCACUGCAACGUGGAGGAGGCGAUGGGAGUGACACAGGGGCGCCCAGUAACCCAACUGCUCCUUUCAGCAAUUCAACUCUUCCGACCAACACAGUUGUAUCGCCAUCAUCAGGCUCAUCCGGCAGCGGGUCCGCGGCACCUUCACCAACACAGAAAGGCAUCUCAGCCUCCUGCGCUAAGUACAGCCAGGCUAAGAAAGGCGAUUACUGCUCGACAUUUGCACAAGAGCACAACAUCGCCUCAGCUCAAUUUUACGCCCUAAACAGCGCCUUAGGAGACGCAGGCAAAAGUUGCGACGCGGCCUUUUGGUCAGGCUAUUAUUACUGCGUGGGCUCUAGUGAUGCUUCCGCAGCCGGUGGCAACAAUCCUACCUCCGUCACUACCGCUUUGUCCGCCAUCGAUGCCGCUCCCGUUACCACUACCACCACCAGUGACUCCGCUCCUACACCAGCCACUGGCGGUGACCCAGCAACUCCCUCUCCUACGCAGUCGGGCAUCGCCUCGCCGUGCGCUAAAUACGCCCAAGCCCACGCUGGGGACACAUGCUCGUCGUUUGCUACGGCAAAUCAGAUCACGCCCGCGGAUCUCUACAGCCGGAACGGCGCACUCGGGGAAAACGGCGAGAACUGUGAGACGAAGUUUUGGGCAGGUUACUUUUAUUGCGUGGGAGGGACUGAUUAG